AUGUUGUCUUUGCUUCACAGAGUAUGUGAGUGUGGUGGGCUCUGCACUGGGUGAUAAUACUGCAUUUCUAGAAGCAUCAGAGUCUCAUUCAACUUCUGUCCUUUUUCAAAAGAGGUUCGGACAUAAUACCCAACACAGUGUUCACAGCACACUCUUAGAUCUAAGCUGAAAGACGAAAACAGGAUGAAUGGGUCAGUGGACUACGACUCCCAGCACUACGAUGGGUCCUUCAUGUUUACCUCUGAGUCUGUGGGAGAAGGACACCCUGAUAAGAUAUGCGACCAGAUCAGCGAUGCUGUGCUAGAUGCUCACCUGAAGCAAGACCCUGAUGCCAAGGUUGGCUGUGAGACAGUGUGUAAGACUGGAAUGGUUCUGCUCUGUGGAGAGAUCACAUCUCGGGCUAACGUAGACUAUCAGAAAGUGGUGAGAGACACCAUCAGAUAUAUUGGCUAUGACAACUCCGAUAAAGGUUUUGACUAUAAGACCUGCAAUGUGCUUGUGGCUCUAGAGCAGCAAUCCCCUGAUAUUGCCCAGGGUGUUCACAUCGACCGCACUGAGGAUGACAUCGGAGCGGGAGAUCAGGGUCUGAUGUUUGGCUACGCAACUGAUGAGACAGAGGAGUGCAUGCCUCUGACGAUCGUCCUCGCCCACAAACUCAACUCCAAGAUGGCGGAACUGAGGCGGAACGGGACAGUCCCAUGGCUGCGCCCCGAUUCUAAAACCCAGGUCACCGUUCACUACACCCAGGAGAAUGGUGCAGUCAUCCCCAGGAGAGUCCACACAGUGGUCAUUUCAGUGCAGCACGAUGACUUUGUCAGUCUAGAGGAACAGAAGGAGAUUCUCAAAGAGAAGGUCAUCAAAGCUGUGGUUCCUUCCAAGUACCUGGAUGUGAACACCAUCUACCACCUACAGCCCAGUGGACGCUUUGUCAUUGGUGGACCUCAGGGUGAUGCGGGUGUGACUGGUAGGAAGAUCAUUGUGGACACCUAUGGUGGCUGGGGGGCCCAUGGGGGAGGAGCCUUCUCUGGUAAAGACUACACCAAGGUGGACCGCUCCGCAGCCUAUGCUGCCCGUUGGGUGGCUAAAUCCCUGGUCAAGGCCAAUCUCUGCAGGAGGGUCCUGGUACAGGUGGCCUAUGCUAUUGGAGUGGCCCACCCUUUAUCCAUAUCCCUUUUCACCUACGGUUCUUCCCAGAAGAAUGAGAAGGAGCUGUUACAGAUUGUCAACAAGAACUUUGACCUCAGACCAGGGGUCAUAGUGAGAGACUUGGAUUUGAAGAGGCCCAUCUACCAGAAGACAGCUUGCUACGGUCAUUUUGGCAGGAAGGAGUUUCCUUGGGAAGUUGCAAAGAAUCUGAACUUCUAAUGUGUGUGAAGGUGUAGGGCAUCAGACAGUGGCAGUUACAGCUGUCUAAAGGGCUGCUGUGAUCCAGAAGGGGAGAGGCAGCUGUUAGGGAAGGAGGGAAGGGGAGAGGCAGCUGUUAGGGAAGGAGGGAAGGGGAGAGGCAGCUGUUAGGGAAGGAGGGAAGGGGAGAGGCAGCUGUUAGGGAAGGAGGGAAGGGGAGAGGAUGGGGUAUAUGAUCUUUCUGUGGAAAAUAAGACCCCAAAUAUCUGUCUUAAGGGGAGGUACAGGGAAGGGGGGGGGUCUGUGAUUUAUAACCUCCCUCUCAGCGGUCAUCAGAUCACAUGGCUUUCAGGUAUUUUUAACUCACAGCUACAAUCCGCACACUCUUGUUCAUACGGUAUGAUACACGUUUAUUUAUCUCUUGGUAUAGCUGUAGUUUGCAAGGCUGUCCUAGAGCUGGAAUCAUAAUAUUUUGUCAGGUUGAAUACACAUUAGACUACUUCUAUAUGUGCUAAACUACUUUUCAUAAAAAGCCAAUGACCAAAUUAAAAGGCAGAGUAGCCAAACAUUACUCUGUAGUGAUCAUUUGCUACCGAGAAACACAAUGUCUUAAUAAUGAUCAAUACCAACAAAUAUGUCGUAACUAUUGUUGACACAUUCAAUCCCUUUGUCUAAAACCUGUUGUUUAAUCAAAUGGUGGUUGAUUUUACACAUUAUUCAUUGAUAGGUCUGCAUGUUUAACAAGGGCUUUAUGUGGAAAUAUUUUAUGAACGGAAAAACAGAUAACCAUAAUGUCUACUAGAAAUGGCAGCCGGAAAAUACUUUAAAGGGAUGAUGGCAAUUAACAGUCAAAUUAUUCUACAACAGAAGAAGAGAAGAGAAUAAUGUGACACAUGCUCUUAACAACACAGUAUUGGUGUGCAGAUCUUUUCAAACACAUCCAUAGCUUUUACUUGCUUAUGAGGAAUGCUAAAGAAUGUAAAUAAGCUUUUUGAAAAAUAAAACAUUUUAACAUUAGUGUUUUCUAAUAUUGUAUCAAGCACAAUACAUAUUUAUAUUUUAUUUUAAUACCUGAAAUAUUCUGCAGCAUACAUUAUAAAACAAAAAUAAAUCACAAAAUGCAAUAAAGAGUUUACAAUAACAAUGUACAUUUUCAAAAAGGCAUUCAAAGUGAUAAUUUGGUCCCAUUUAAAUCAGUGGAGGAGCAAACAGUCAAAAACUCUUAUCAACAGUUAAGACACCUCAAUAUCUAUGUAGUGCCUUCUACAGAUUUAAAAAUAUAUCAUUUUUUAAACAUUCACCCAACCCUUUCAAAAGGAUAAAUCCUCUCAACAUAUCUUGAUGUUUGGUUGUCUUUUUAAAGCAAUACUUUUUACAUGUAAAAAUGUUUACACAAUAUAAUAAUUACCUGUUGAAAGAAUAUACAUAAAAGAAUAAUACAUCCAUAUCUAUCUUUGAAUAUAUUUGUUCCUAUUAAGAGGCACUGAGCAGAACUUAGUGAUGGAACAGAUAUUCCUGAGAA